CUGAUAGUCAGUCUUCUUUUAGCCUUUUUUAUUCCUCCAUGAUCAGUCACUGAUAAUAAUACCUCUAAAAAGUCGCGUACCAUACUAAUUUACAUAAAUUAUAACUUGAUAAUAGCCACAAAAACAGGAUUGGAAAAUACUUGUUUCAAACUUAGUAUCUAUCAUGGAUUUAAAAGUAUAUAUUGUGUUUAUAAUAUAUCUAAUUCAUAGUAUUGAAAGUUUGAAUAAAGAUAUCAAUUCUAACAUACCAGAUUCGAAGCUGAAUUUCACACAGCUAGCGACGAAAUAUGGAUAUUCAGCAGAGGAACAUAAGGUGACGACUGAAGAUGGAUAUAUCCUGACGAUGUUUAGAAUGAAAGGCGAGCGAUGUGAAGGCACCGGGCUGCCAGUCGUGAUGAUGCACGGACUGCUCAUGAGCUCAGAUUCCUUCCUAGACGCAGGCCCUGAUGCCGGCCUAGCAUACCUCCUAGCUGACACCUGUGAAGACCUUUGGGUUGCCAACUGCCGUGGCAAUUAUUAUUCCAGAGCUCAUACCUCCCUAAACCCAAACAAAGACCCGAAAUUCUGGGAGUUCGAUGUCCAAGAAAUCGGUUAUUACGAUGUACCAGCGGUCAUUGACUACGUUUUAGAUCAAACUAAUGCAGAUAAGGUUAAUUAUAUUGGAUUUUCUCAAGGCGCUGGAACCGUUUUUAUAAUGUGCUCUGAAAGACCUGGUUAUUGCGAGAAAUUGAACCUGCUGAUAGGUUUGGCACCAGCAGCUAGACAAACUUACACGAAAUCUGUAUUAUUCAGAACUAUAGCCACUACUUGUAUGAAAACAGAAGGUGUAUUAAAACUAGCUGGCAUUCAUGAAGUGUUUGGGAAAGAAAUAAGAGACAUUUUGUCAGAGUUUUGCAGCUUUGACGAUGAUGCUUCUAAUGUCUGCUUAUCAUUUCUUUGGUUAUUGGACAGUCCUCACCCAGGAUCAAUUUCUUAUUCUACAUUAAGGAGAUUGUUUGGACAUUUCACAGCUGGUACGUCUUUGCAGAAUAUGGCUCGGUAUGGUCAGAGCAUGGCUACAAAGAAUUUCCAGAAAUUUGACUUUGGUCUUAAGAAGAAUCUUAGAGUUUACGGUAAUGCUUUCCCCCCGAAAUAUAAUUUGAGCGCAUCUACAAUGCCAGUAAUGAUAAUGUAUGGAAAAAAUGAUGGUAUGGUCGAUACUAAAGACGUGGAAUGGUUGGUAUCGAAGCUGCCGAAUGUGAUAGAGUCAUCUUUAGUUCCAGAUCCUAAUUGGACACAUUUGGAUAACACUUACAGUCGAUUUAUUGCAAACUCAACAUUCCCCAAAAUUCGAGACUUUCUAAGUAAAUUUGGAUAAAGUAGAGAGAGAGAUAGAGAUUUACGAAAAUCUCUUUGUGAAUUCUUCCUUAAGGAACAUACAAUUGAUGUUAAAUUUGAAGCCUCUACGCUUGUAAGUAGUUUCGGCUGUUCGUUGUCAUCAGUCAUAAUAAUUUCAUAACAUUUUGAUGUUAAAAUGAUAUAUUUUUUAAUUCUAGAAUUAAAAAAUAUAAAU